AUGGUGAGUAGAAUUGUGUUCUCAUCAAAUCAAAAAUUUCGUCGUCAUUUAGAGUUUGGUGCCAUCGCUCUAGUACAUGAUAAUACUGAAAUGCCAUUAAUUGAAGCUAGAGGCAUAGAAUUAGCACCAGGACGAAAACAUAAACUAGGAUAUCGAAAAAAGACAAUCUACUUUUUGCCUCCACCCUACACAACAUGUACGGGCAAGGUUUCUCCCAUGAUGCAAGCCAUGUUUGAUCAUUACAACGAUGCUGAUUAUCAAUACUCUGAAACUGUCUGCUAUCAACUUUGUGGUCAAGUUUAUGCGUAA